UAAAAUAACUCACAACCCACCCAUACCCGGAUGUUGUUUUGUCACUAGUGUGGCAGUCCAGUAAGAUCCAGAUAAUUUUAUUUCUGUAGUGAUCAUCUGUAAGAUGUUGCCGGAUAUAAAAGGCUUGUGUCCAUUUGUGGAAGACAGUUUUAGUCGUUUUCCCUCGCAGAGUAACAUAUACGGACUAUGUCAGGCAGGCGAGCAGGAGUUACUGGCAGCGACUCUGAAGGGGAAAGUAGUCUGCUUCAGAUACCAGGACCUGCAGAAGAAGAUCAGACCUGUGACUAGAGAGAUUCAGUUUACAUACAUACCAGUUGACGCCGAAAUCGUCUCCAUUGACGCCUUCAACAAAUCAGCCCCUAAAAGAGGACUGGUUGUAGGAAUAACCUUCAUUAAGGACUCAGGAGAUAAAGCAACUCCUUUCCUUAACAUUUAUUGUGAUUAUGAACCAGGGUCAGAGUUUAAUCUGGAUUCUAUUGCACAAAGCUGUCUGAACCUGGAGCUCCAGUUCACUCCCUUCCAGCUCUAUCACACUGAGGUGCAUUGUGGAGAUGGAUCCAGCGAGACUGUCUUUCUCCUCAGUGGGCAUGAUCAGCGCAUACAUCUUUACAAAGAGAAUGCCUCUUUGCACCAGUUUGAGGAACAGCCAGUGGAAAGACUCUUUCCCGAACUGCAGGAGUUGCCAAGCAAUGUAUUAUGGUUAGAUGUCUUAAGUAUUGAUCAAAACCGGCGCCUCACUGCAUUUGGAUGUCAGAACGGUUCUGUGGGUCUUUCUCUUGUCAACCAAAAAAAGGGACCCGAGAUUCUCCAGAACUGGCGUGUUCAGCAUGACAGUCCCAUCUCCACUGUGUUGCUGUUCCCUUUGAAAGAGCAGCACCAGAACACAGAGACGAGCAGUAGUCAAAGGGAAACAUUUAAUCUGUUGGUAACCAGUGCAAUAGAGAUUGCUGUUGUUUACAGGGAUGUAGAGCAGUAUGGACUGAGCAGACAGCAGUGUUUGGCAGAAAGCGACCAGUGUGAUGCAGUUCUCUGUGCUCUCGUUGUUGAUCUGGACUUCGAUGGACAGCAUGAGUUGCUGCUGGGAACGUAUGGACAGGACCUACUCUGCUACAAAUUUCCCCAACCAACAGGAGCUUUUGAGGAUAAGUUACAGCUGCUGUGGAGACGGAGUUUUAAAAGUCCCUUGCUGUCAAUGAUUUAUCUUGACCUGGCAGGGGACGGACUAAGAGAGUUAGCUGUUCUUACCUUAAAAGGCCUGCAUAUACUUCAGCACAGUCUGAAAACAACAGCAGAUCUCGUUCUUCAUCGAUUGUCCACUUUAGCAUCAAGACUGCCUGUUUCUUCAAAAGAACAGCCAACAGAUACUGAAGAGCAGUCCAUUUCAAUCAGCAAUGAACAGAGAGCUGCAGCCACCUAACACUUGACUUUUAUGUGAAAGAUAUUUAUUUUUAUUUCAAAAGUGGUUAAGAAUGAGAAAUUGUAUGAAGAGCUAAAUAUUUCAGUCUGUUUAUGUAAAAAUCCAUGCCAUUAUCCAUCUAACGGGCAGUUCUUCAAGCACUGAAAUGAAAAUUACUUCUUGCUGGUGUCUUGUUUGUAGCCAGACGUUUUCAACCUUACGUCCUAGUGACCACGGGUAGUUUUUGUUGAAUUUGGGAUCAUAACCUGGCAAAAUAAUGAUUUCAUUCAUUGCUAUUGAUAUUUGGUAGCUGGUAGCAGGUGUUAUUAGAGUCAGGAGAAAUUUACAUUUUAUCUGUAUUAAUUACAGGGGUAUAUAUAUAUAUAUAUAUAUAUAUAUAUAUAUAUAUAUAUUAAUUUUAGUCAAUUUUUAAUCUCCUAAAAGAAUUUCUAAACCUCUUCAAGCUCUUCAGGCAAGUGCUGUUGUGUUUUUGCCCUAUCCUCAGUAGAGGGCGCCUGACACUUGUUCUGAAAAUCCUGAGAUGCUGCGUCGAAACGUCGAAAAUGUUCUUGAAAUUGUGCGCAGUUCAAUGGCUUCAGAUCUCCGCUUUGUAAGCGCAUCCUAAUUAAUGUCUUUAACAUAUAAAACGGCACCAGUCAACGUCCAAACCCUUUACUUGAGAAUGGCGAGCGGCAAGAAUUGCUUAGAUUUCUAAAUACCUGAAAUCUAAUCUUAAACAUGCUGUGUAACCAAUGAGGUUCAUUCUCAUGAGUUACGCAAAUAGUUUGAGCUUCCAGAAGUUUGAUCUUGUGUGAUAUUCAGGUUAGGUUGAGCUUCUGCAGUGUUGUUCGGUGGUGUUUUAAAUUGAUGAGGCUAAGUCCUCAUUUAUGUCCCUGUUACACAAUUUUAACAUUACAUAAAAAGAGAUACCAAAUACAA